GGGGGGGCCAUGUGGCGGGCGCCGAGGGCAGCGCUGGGGGCUGCGCCGGGGGCUGCGCGGCCGCCGCCGGCCCCUCGCAGGGGCUUGGCCAAGCCGGCGGGCCCGCGCAGCGCCCGCCAGCUGAGGGAGGCCGAGGAGGCCGCCCCGGUCUUCCAGUACGCGGGGAAGGCGGCCAAGCGCAAGGGCCGCGUCUUCGUGUGGGGCUUCUGCUACUCGGGCGCCCUGGGCGUCCCCAGCUUCGUGAAGCCGGACGCGGGCUGGAAGAAGCCGCGGCGGAUCCAGCCCACGCCUUACCGGCUGGACACGGAGGAAAAGAUAUCCUCUGCUGCCUGCGGUUAUGGAUUCACGCUGCUGUCCUCUAACACCACGGACAUCACCAAAGUGUGGGGCAUGGGGCUUAACAAGGAUUCCCAGCUCGGAUUCCAGAGAAGCAGAAGAGAUCGAACUAAGGGCUAUGAAUAUGUCUUGGAACCGUCUCCAAUUCCAUUGCCACUUGAGAAGCCGCAGCAGACUCGAGUCUUGCAGGUGUCCUGUGGGAGAGCCCAUUCCCUGAUCCUGACAGAUAGUGAAGGAGUUUUCACAAUGGGGAACAAUUCUUAUGGACAGUGUGGCCGGAAAGUUGUUGAAGAUGAAACUUACAGUGAAAGCCAUCUAAUUCAUCAGCUGAGGGAGUUUGACAGCAGAGUUGUCCAGGUUGUGUGUGGGCAGGACCACAGCCUGUUUAGAACCAAGAAAGGUGCAGUCUAUGCAUGUGGAUGGGGAGCUGAUGGACAAACAGGUCUUGGGCAUUACAACAUCACCAGUGUUCCUACUAAGCUAUGUGGUGACAUUGCUGGAGUAAACAUUGUCCAGGUCUCUUCCUAUGGGGACUGUUGUCUGGCUGUUUCAGAUGAAGGAGAUGUCUUUGGUUGGGGAAAUUCAGAAUACUUGCAGUUGGCAUCAGUCACAGAAACCACACAGGUGAAUGUUCCCAGGCAUUUGCCAUUCAAGAUUGGGAAGAUAAAGGAGGCUGCGUGUGGAGGGACUGGAAAUAUUGUGCUAACGGAAGAAGGAAAUGUUUUUGUCUGGGGAUAUGGAAUUCUUGGGAAAGGACCAAACCUAAUAGAGACAGCAGUGCCAGAGAUGAUCCCACCCAGCCUUUUUGGCCAGUCAGACAUCAAUCCGGACAUCCGUGUUGCUCACAUUCGCUGUGGACUCAGCCAGUUUGCAGCACUGACAAACAGAGGAGAACUGUUUGUAUGGGGCAAGAAUCUAAGAGGGUGCCUGGGAACUGGAAGAAUGGAAGACCAGUAUUUCCCAUGGAGGGUGACUGUACCCGGGGAGGUGGUGGAAGUUGCCUGUGGAGUUGAUCACAUGGUAAGCAUCGUUAAGUCUUUUACCUAGUUGUAUUGCUGGGCCUCAGCACGGUGCUAAGAAGAUGGGGGGACUUGGUGGCGAGAUUCUUGGAAAGGAAGCCUCAUUCUGUGAAGCCAAGCAAGAAGUGACUGUGAGCAGAGACAGCCAUGGCAGUGCCUGGGGGUGUUGUCUCCGCAUCAUUGAAACGCUCCGGCCUGGCUGCAGGAAGGACGUACGUUCCCUGAGAAGAGUGAAAUGCAAGGAGUGCUCUGGCUGGUUCACAGUGAGCUCCCAAAGAGUCUCAGGCCCAGCCCACAGCCCCGCAAGUCCCUCUGUGCCUAAGGAUGAAGAGCAUUUUCCUCAGGGAAGACUGACAUGAGAUGAAAUCUGAAGCACAGGACAUUCAUUUAUGGACUCUCCCUGUCACCAGCUCUGGGGUGUCAGUGUUGGGCUGAACCAAACUAUUUCUCAAGGGAAAGGUGUUUUUUUAAUAACUACAUUUUACAUGGAAGAAAAAAGUCAUGCUGGCUGUUGGAGUCCAGCAGAGCUCCCCUCGGUGCCCCCCACCACCACGCACUGCGCAGGCUGCUGUCCCGUGCGGCCGGGGCCCUGCUCUCAUCCCAGGCUUGGCCGGCGUUCCCCGCGGGCUCCCAAGGCUGAACACCCGAGGAACGCCUUCGUUAAACUGGACGAGUGAGAACCCGCGUGCAGGGGGAGAGUACUGUUAAAUAGGACAGCAUGCAAACAUAAAUCAUAGGCUUCUGUGCUGCUGUCGCUGCGGAAGGGCAGAGGGAUGGUGACGGUAGCCAGCCCAGCCUGUUUAUGGAGGCAGGUGGGAGGCAAAGCUCCCUCUCGGCUGCCUGCAGGCCGGUGCUCAGGCAGCGGAUGUGAGCAGCUCAUCAGGUACUUCUGUUUUCAUGUGCUGAUCACAAACCACUGCCUUUCAUUUUCUGGGGAGUCCCUGCACUCCUGUCUUCAGGAGUAUGGUGACUCUCCGUUGCAAGGAGCCCUUUUAAAUUAGCCAGGCUUUUCCUCGCAGGGGAGGGAGUCUUAAUGGGCAGGAAGCAGAGCUGUGUUUCUUUUGGUACCUUCUUAGCAGAGGAGUGGUGGUGAGCGCGUUUAGAACACGGUAAGCUGACAGAGAUGGGAUGCAGCAGCUGUAUGUGCCUGUAGCAGGCAUUUAUCAAAUCUCACACCGAAGCCUGUGAAGCCAUCUUCUAUGAAAUACUCCAAAAGUCAGGUAGAGUUGUAUCAUUUCUCUCUGGGCAGGAUACUUCUGUGUAAAUAAUUUUGGCAAAACCCAAGCUAAUGCAGUUUUAAUAAAGUGAUCACGAAGUCUUUA